AUGCCCAUGGCGUCCUCCCAAACUCUGCUCUCCUGCCUCCUGCUCCUGGUGGUCACUGAAGCCUGGGGUCAGCAGGCGGCCAUCCCAGGCUGCCACUUGCACCCCUUCAACGUGACAGUGCGAAGUGACCGCCAAGGCACCUGCCAGGGCUCCCAUGUGGCACAGGCCUGUGUGGGUCACUGCGAGUCCAGCGCCUUCCCUUCCCGGUACUCCGUGCUGGUGGCCAGUGGCUAUCGACACAAUGUCACCUCUGUCUCUCAAUGCUGCACCAUCAGUGGCCUGAGGAAGGUGAAGGUGCAGCUGCAAUGUGGGGGGGACCGGAAGGAGGAGCUAGAGAUCUUCACGGCCAGGGCCUGCCAGUGUGACAUGUGUCGCCUCUCACGCUUCUAGCCCACCCUUGCCCCGCCUCCCUCCGCAUGGUCAGAGGGACCGA